AUGCCCCCGCCGCUUCCGCGCAUCACUUUCCGGCGUCCCAGCUGCUUCCCACGUCGCUUCCCGGUGUUCCCGCCGCUUCCCGGCGUUCCCGCCGCCCCUCACCCCCCCACCACUUCCCGCUCCUUAACGAGCGACAGCCUCGACGAAGACGAGGAAGAGGAGGAGCUGCUGGACGCCUACGCGGCGCCCGGCGAGGAUUCCCGGAAAAGCGGCGGCUCCAGCCCGGAAAACCCGCGGGCCAAGCGGCCGCCCGCCGCUCGCGGCAGCCCUUACGGCCUCUUCUCGCCCGGCAGCUUUUCCCCGGGCGCUACCCCUUCCCGAAAGUACGCGGCGCGCGCCGGCCGCGGCGACGUCGUGGCCUCGCUCGGCUCCGCGCCGGGCUCCGCCUGGAGCGGCGGCUCCGGCUGCAGCCUCCGGCUCUUCGGCGCCGGCCUCGCCGGCAGCUACAAGUUCAUGUUCCAAAAAGCCCUCGACGUGCGCGAAGUGCUGACCUGGAGGAUCGAGGAGCUCGGCGAGGUGCUCCGGGAACGCUACGGGCUCCGGGAUUUCACCUCCGUGAGGCUCCCGGCGCAGGAGCCGGUGACAGUCCUGGGCCAGAUCGGCUGCGACAGCAACGGGAAGCUCAACGCCAAAUCGGUGGUGCUCGAGGGCGACCGGGAACAUUCCUCGGGCGGCCGGGUCCCCGUCGACCUCUCCGAGCUCCAGGAAUAUUCCCUCUUCCCGGGCCAGGUCGUGGCCGUGGAGGGGACGAACAGCACCGGGAGGCGACUGGUGGCCACGAAGCUCUACGAGGGAGUGCCGCUUCCCUUCUACUCGCCUCCGGAGCCGGCACAAGACACGGAGCAGCGGAUGAUCCUGGUGGCCUGCGGGCCCUACACCACCUCCGACAGCAUCGCCUACGACCCGCUCUCCGACCUCGUGGACGUCAUCCGCCGGGACAAGCCGGACGCCUGCAUCCUGUUUGGGCCUUUCCUCGACGCUAAGCACGAGCAAGUGGAGAACUGUCGGCUCCUCGGAUCCUUCGCCGACGUCUUCAAGCUGUGUCUGAAAACGAUAAUAGAGGGGACGAGGAGCGCCGGCUCCCAGCUCGUCUUCGUGCCGUCGCUGCGGGACGUCCACCACGACUGCGUGUACCCGCAGCCGCCCUUCGCCUGCGCCGAGCUGCCCAAGGAGGACAAGCCGCGCGUGCACUUCGUCUCGGAUCCCUGCACCCUGGAAAUCGACGGCACCGUCUUCGGCCUGACCUCCACGGAUCUGCUCUUCCACAUGGGAGCCGAGGAGAUCAGCAGCUCCUCGGGCAUCUCGGACCGCUUCACGCGGAUCCUCAAGCACGUCCUGACGCAGAGGAGUUACUACCCGCUGUAUCCGCCCGCCGAGGAGAUGAACGUGGAUUACGAGAACUUCUACAGCUACGCGGCUUUGCCCGUCACGCCGGACGUCCUCGUCGCCCCCUCGGAGCUGCGCUACUUCGUCAAGGACGUGCUGGGCUGCGUGUGCGUCAAUCCCGGCCGGCUGACCAAGGGGCAGGUCGGCGGUACCUACGGCCGCCUGUACGUGCGGCGCUCCGAGGGCGAGGGCGAGCGGAAGAGCCCCUGCGUCGCCGCCCAGGUGGUCCGGAUUUAAGGGACGAGCGGGAUGCGGCCGAUUCCUGCCGGCACCUUCCCCCGCGGCGCCGCCGGACCGCUGCUUUCGGGCCACUUUCGCCCCUUUUUUUUGCGCCUGCGAAAGAGAAAACAAAAACGGUCGGAGCUGGAAGACGGAGUUUUCCCUCGGUUUCGCCUGCUGCCCGGCUGCUUCCUUCCUUCCGGGAAGCGAAUCGCUGUUCCGACACGCUUCGAAUUUUCACGUUAAAAGACAAUAAAAAAAACACGCCAAA